CCACUGCAAGCAGCACGCCUAGUUGCGACUCCUCCCCUCCAUCCGCCACCAUGGCUGUCCAUACCGAAGAGCAUUAUCACCCCAAGAACACCAUCAUGGCGUCAUUGAAGACGACCAUGCUGACCGGUGGAGUCGGUCUUUUCACUUCCGCUGUGCAGAACACCCUGGUGAAGAAGAACGUCGGACCCUGGGGUGUGUUCGUGAGAAGCGGCAGCACCAUCGGUCUUUUUGCGGCCAUGGGUGGUACCUACGAAUUCGUCAAGGACGCCUCGGCCAACCUGCGGGAGAAGGAUGACCACUGGAACGUCGCUCUGGGCGGUUUCUUCUCCGGAGCCCUUCUGGGUCUGCGCGCCCGGACUUUCCCCGCCCUCCUGGGCUACGGUGCGGCGCUGGCAACCGGCAUGGGCGCCUUCGAAUUCACCGGUGGAUCGCUGUGGGGUUACCAGAAGGACCGCUCUGUCGACGAAUUUGAGCGUCGGACGCAGCUGCGAAAGCAAUUCCGCACGUCGGGAGAGCAGACCGUCGCCGAGCUGGGUGAGGGACGAGGCAUCUACGCCCCCGGGUACGCCGAGAGACGACGAGAGAGAAUCAAGGAGGCAUACGGCAUCGAAGUUCCCACAUCCCCCGUCCCCGCGUCAUAAAGAAGCUUUGGUUCGAUCUCUCUUGUCCCCCGCCUGCCGAUUCCCAGUUUCCUUGUGUAAAAUUAUCGCUUCGUGUCGACCACCUUUAGCUAGCACAUUUGGCACAUUCUCCAAUGAAAGUUUUCUUUUUCCG